CAAAUUUAACUUUAUACAGUGCAAACAUAUUAAGAGAGUGCCAGAAUGGUUAGACAGUCUCUAUAGAAAGGACAUGUUUCUGUCACACUGAACGGACAGCGAGGGAAAGCACCGUAAUCGCACAAAGUCUCUGAGCAUCCUCAAAACUGCAGCAGUCGACGUGAGCAGAGCUUCCACUGCAGAGUGCCGAUGGUCAGCAGGAUAUGUAGGAUUUAAAAGGCUCAUGGUGAUACAAUGGAAAAGGUAGAACAGAUCCUGUCAGAGUUCAGCCUGACCAAAGAAGAGCUCAAAGAGAUUAUGAAUAGGAUGCAGUGUGAGAUGAACAGAGGGCUUCGCUUAGAGACCCAUGAGGAGGCCAGUGUCAAAAUGUUACCAACUUAUGUCUGCUCCACCCCAGAGGGAUCAGAGGUGGGCGACUUUCUGGCUCUGGACCUUGGAGGCACAAACUUCCGUGUCAUGCUGGUGAAAGUAGGUGAAGAUGAGGAGAGGAUCUGGAAGGUAGAGACCAAACACCAGAUGUACUCCAUUCCUGAAGAUGCAAUGACCGGCACUGCUGAAAUGUUAUUUGACUAUAUAGCAGAGUGUAUGUCAGACUUUCUGGACAAACACCACAUCAAGCACCGGAAGCUUCCUCUUGGUUUUACCUUCUCCUUUCCUGUACGACAUGAGGACAUUGACAAGGGCAUCCUGCUUAACUGGACCAAAGGCUUUAAGGCUUCUGGAGCAGAAGGAAACAACGUUGUGGGUUUACUGAGAGAUGCUAUUAAGAGACGAGGGGACUUUGAGAUGGAUGUGGUUGCCAUGGUGAAUGACACAGUCGCCACUAUGAUUUCCUGCUAUUAUGAGGACCGCAGCUGUGAAGUUGGGAUGAUCGUUGGUACGGGCUGUAAUGCCUGUUACAUGGAGGAGAUGCGAACCGUGGAGCUAGUGGAGGGGGAGGAAGGCCGGAUGUGUGUGAACACAGAGUGGGGAGCGUUUGGAGACAACGGAGAGCUGGAGGACUUUAGAUUGGAGUAUGACCGAGUGGUGGAUGAGAAUUCGAUUAAUCCUGGACACCAGCUUUAUGAGAAGCUGAUCAGUGGGAAGUACAUGGGGGAGCUGGUGAGGCUGGUUCUGAUGAAGCUGGUCAACGAGGACUUGCUGUUUAACGGUGAAGCCUCAGAGCUGCUGAAGACACGUGGAAGCUUUGAGACUCGUUACGUGUCACAGGUGGAGAGUGACUCUGUGGACCGAAAGCACAUCUACAAUAUUCUGUCCUCGCUGGGCGUGCUGCCAUCAGAGCUGGACUGUGACAUCGUGCACCUGGUGUGCGAGAGCAUUUCUACUCGCUCUGCUCAUCUGUGCGCUGCGGGCCUGGCUGGUGUCAUCAACCUGAUGAGGGAGCGACGCGGCCAGGAGGCCCUGAAGAUCACAGUGGGGGUGGACGGUUCAGUCUACAAGAUGCACUACCGCUUCCGUGAGAGGUUCCAUAAACUGGUCAGAGAGCUGAUGCCCGACUGUGACAUCACCUUCAUCCAGUCAGAGGAGGGCAGCGGUCGAGGCGCUGCUCUGAUCUCAGCUGUGGCGUGCAAGAUGGCGAACUGCGUGCUGACGCACCCACUUCACCUGAGCAUAAAUGCAGCUGACAACGUGCUGUCCUUACCACUCACCUCACACAAGAAGAUAAGUCAAAGUGGUGAAGAUACCUUGUGUCAGCUGUCAUCUCGACCAGGUGGUGAUAUGCCAUUCAACGUCAGCUACGUGGUAGAACAGAUCCUGUCAGAGUUCAGCCUGACCAAAGAAGAGCUCAAAGAGAUUAUGAAUAGGAUGCAGUGUGAGAUGAACAGAGGGCUUCGCUUAGAGACCCAUGAGGAGGCCAGUGUCAAAAUGUUACCAACUUAUGUCUGCUCCACCCCAGAGGGAUCAAGGUGGCGACUUCUGGCUCUGGACCUUGGAGGCACAAACUUCCGUGUCAUGCUGGUGAAAGUAGGUGAAGAUGAGGAGAGGAUCUGGAAGGUAGAGACCAAACACCAGAUGUACUCCAUUCCUGAAGAUGCAAUGACCGGCACUGCUGAAAUGUUAUUUGACUAUAUAGCAGAGUGUAUGUCAGACUUGGACAAACACCACAUCAAGCACCGGAAGCUUCCUCUUGGUUUUACCUUCUCCUUUCCUGUACGACAUGAGGACAUUGACAAGGGCAUCCUGCUUAACUGGACCAAAGGCUUUAAGGCUUCUGGAGCAGAAGGAAACAACGUUGUGGGUUUACUGAGAGAUGCUAUUAAGAGACGCAGGACUUUUGAGAUGGAUGUGGUUGCCAUGGUGAAUGACACAGUCGCCACUAUGAUUUCCUGCUAUUAUGAGGACCGCAGCUGUGAAGUUGGGAUGAUCGUUGGUACGGGCUGUAAUGCCUGUUACAUGGAGGAGAUGCGAACCGUGGAGCUAGUGGAGGGGGAGGAAGGCCGGAUGUGUGUGAACACAGAGUGGGGAGCGUUUGGAGACAACGGAGAGCUGGAGGACUUUAGAUUGGAGUAUGACCGAGUGGUGGAUGAGAAUUCGAUUAAUCCUGGACACCAGCUUUAUGAGAAGCUGAUCAGUGGGAAGUACAUGGGGGAGCUGGUGAGGCUGGUUCUGAUGAAGCUGGUCAACGAGGACUUGCUGUUUAACGGUGAAGCCUCAGAGCUGCUGAAGACACGUGGAAGCUUUGAGACUCGUUACGUGUCACAGGUGGAGAGUGACUCUGUGGACCGAAAGCACAUCUACAAUAUUCUGUCCUCGCUGGGCGUGCUGCCAUCAGAGCUGGACUGUGACAUCGUGCACCUGGUGUGCGAGAGCAUUUCUACUCGCUCUGCUCAUCUGUGCGCUGCGGGCCUGGCUGGUGUCAUCAACCUGAUGAGGGAGCGACGCGGCCAGGAGGCCCUGAAGAUCACAGUGGGGGUGGACGGUUCAGUCUACAAGAUGCACUACCGCUUCCGUGAGAGGUUCCAUAAACUGGUCAGAGAGCUGAUGCCCGACUGUGACAUCACCUUCAUCCAGUCAGAGGAGGGCAGCGGUCGAGGCGCUGCUCUGAUCUCAGCUGUGGCGUGCAAGAUGGCGAACUGCGUGCUGACGCAGUAGAGACGCUGUGAGCCGAAGACUGAGGAAAGCCAGAAGAGCUGAAAUCUGAGCUGAAAAUUUGGUCAUCUACAGAUGUGCUGCUUGGCUGUUUUAUUUAUUUUUGACUCUGUCUGAGGGAUGUGUGCGCACAGGAAAGCGACACACAGUCAGAAAAUGUCUUAGACCAUAAAGACUUCUCUCUAGAA